UGGAAGAACUCAGAGAAGGCCAGAAAGGAGUAGGAGAUGGCACAGUUAGCUGAGGUCUAGAAGAUGAUGAAGACAUGACAAAAGAUGGACAGGGAUGAUAAUUGGGCCUCCAAGAACAAUUUAUGAAAACCAAAUAUACAGCCUUAAAAUAGAAUGUGGACCUAAAUACCCACUAGCACCCCCCUUUGUAAGAUUUGUAACAAAAAUUAAUGUAAAUGGAGUUAAUAGUUCUAAUGGAGUGGUGGACCCAAGAGCCAUAUCAGUGCUAGCAAAAUGGCAGAAUUCAUAUAGCAUCAAAGUUGUCCUGCAAGAGCUUCAGUGCCUAUUGAUGUCUAAAGAAAAUAUGAAACUCCCUCAGCCACCGGAAGGACAGUGUCACAGCAAUUAAUCAAAAAGAAAAACCACAGGCCCUUCCGCUUCCCCCCGCCCGAUUCGAUUUAAGCAGUCUUCGUUUUCCACAGUAGUAAAUUUUCUAGAUACAUCAUGUAGAUCUCAAAGUACUGGAAAGGAAGCUCCAAUU